AAUUUAUUCGCCGAUCGUCCCCGCACACAGAAACUCACCCAUUUUUUUAAUCAAUAAUUUCGCGGUGAAGAAAAACGGUGAUCCGCAAAAUGUCGCCCGUUGGCCUGCUGGUGGCCACGUUCUGCGUGCUGUCCGCGCUGGUGCCCGUUCCGGUGCGCGCCGAUCCCGGCGAAACGCUGGUGCUGCUGGACAACCUGGCCAUCCGCGAGACGCACUCCAUUUUCUUCAAGAGCUUGCAAGAACGCGGCUACAAGCUGACCUACAAGCUCGCCGACGAUGCCAGCCUGGUUCUGUCCAAGUACGGUGAGUUCCUGUACAAGCACCUGAUCCUGUUCGCUCCGUCGGUGGAGGAGUUUGGCGGAUCGCUCAGCGUCGAGGCCAUCACGGACUUUGUGGACAACGGGGGGAACGUGCUGGUGGCGGGAAGUUCCAGCGCCGGUGACGCUCUGCGGGAACUCGCGUCCGAGUGUGGCUUCGAGGUUGACGAGGAGAAUGCGGCCGUGAUUGACCACUUGAACUACGACAUUGCGGACGGUGGGGAUCAUACGCUGGUGGUGGCUUCGCCGGAGAACCUCAUCGAUUCGGAGAUUGUCGUGGGCAAGAAGAGCGUUGGGCCGUUGUUGUACCGCGGAACGGGUCUGUUGGCGGACAAGGAGAAUCCGCUGGUGCUGCAGCUGUUGACGGCCGAUAGCAGCGCGUACUCGUACAUUCCGGACGCCCCGAUCAAGGAGUACCCGCACGCCGUCGGAAAAGGAACUCUGCUGAUUGCGGCACUGCAGGCCCGCAACAAUGCCCGCGUCGUCUUCUCCGGCUCGUUGCACUUCUUCUCCGAUGAGGCGUUCCUGGCGCCGGUUCAGCGCGCCCAGGACAACAAACUGCACGCCAAGUCCGGCAACCAGGAGGUGGCCACCGCCAUCAGCAAGUGGGUCUUUGGCGAGAACGGCGUGAUCCGGGUUCGCUCGGUUAAGCACCACAAGGAGGGCGAGUCCAACCCACCGGCUUCGUACACCGUCACGGAACCGGCCGUGUACACGAUCGAAAUCGAAACGCUCGCCGAGAACGGCAAGUGGCAACCGUUCGUGGCCAACGACGUCCAGCUGGAGUUUGUGCGCAUCGAUCCGUUCGUGCGGACCACGCUGAAGGCGAUCGGCGGCGGGCGCUACCAGGCCAAGUUCAAGAUCCCGGACGUGUACGGCGUGUACCAGUUCAAGGUGGACUACGACCGCAUCGGUUACACGCAGCUGUACUCGACGACGCAGGUCUCGGUUCGGCCGUUGACCCACACCCAGUACGAGCGGUUCAUUCCGAGCGCCUAUCCGUACUACGUGAGCGCGUUCUCGAUGAUGGUCGGAGUGUUUGUCUUUUCGUUUAUCUUCCUGCACUACAAGGAAGAGGGAAAGCCGGCUGCCGGUGGAAAGGCAACGUCCGGUGGAGACAAGAAGACUCAGUAAGGCGGCGUGAAUCUGGUGCAUUCUCCGGUUGUAACGGAGAGUGCGAUUCUUGUAGCGAGUAAGCACGGUCUGUGUGACGAUCAAAUAAAGAAGAUCUAUCAGAAAAUAU